AUGACUUGACUUUCUUUGAUUUUAUUCCUUUUAUUUUGGCUCACCUUCCCAAAACUGAUCUUUGUAGCUGAGAUAACAAGGCAUGGAGCAAGAGCUCCUCUAAAAGUAUUCAAUUUUCACACACCUUUUUGAAGAAAUUAUGAUCGUGGACAAUUAACUCAUAAAGGAAAAAAGCAGCAUUUUCUUUUAGGCAAUAAAAUUAGAAAAAAGUAUGUAGAAGAUCUCCAACUAUUGAAUUUUUACUAUAAUUCCUCAGAGAUUUACGCUUGUUCUUCGAAUAAAGAAAGGACAAGAACCAGCGCUUAUUAUCAUAUGCUCGGAAUUUACCCUAAUUUUUCUAGGAAAAUCAUGCAGGAUCAAAAUUCAGAAUUUUCUUAUUUUUUCCCAAAUUUGGCAGCUUGCAACCAUGAAAUGUUGAAAAUUAAUGUACUUCUAGAGCAAGAAGACCAUAUCUUAAGAGGCUAUGACGAAAUAAUAUGUCCACGUGUAGAACAAAUAUAUCAAAGCAUAUUGAAAAGUGAUAGCUAUAAAAGCAAAGAAAAUGAAUUGAAACCUUUGUUUGAUGAAGUCAGCUCAGCUGUAAAUUUAACUAUAAAUUCAAUAAAAUCUGCUUCUCAGCUAGGGUCAUCGUUAAGCUGCGAUUUAUUUGAAGGGAAUAUAUUACCAUAUAAUUUGACCAUGGAACAUCAUAAGUCAUUAACCAAAGUGCAAGGCUUUAAAAAAUUUUUUGUGCCAUAUUCAAAUGAAGAAGCUCAAAUAUUGGUUUGCAGCCAAUUUUUUAAAGAUUUAAUUAUUAGGAUUAAUGAAGCGUUUGAUUCGAGGGGUUAUAAAUAUGCUUACUAUUCGGCUCAUGACACAACUUUGGCAGGAUUUUUAUCAUGCCUUAAUUUGGUUCAAGAAGAGUGUCCACCAUUUGCGUCGAGCUUAAUAUUUGAAGUUUAUAGUGAGAGGGAAGCUAAGAUUAUUUAUAAUGAUAAAUUGUUAAAAUUACCGGAUUGCAGCAAAGAAAGUUGCCCUGUAGCUGAGUUUAUACAAAUCUUAGAGAAAAAGACUAUUAAUGAUAUAGAAUUAGCAUGCCAAAUUAAACAAAUAGGAUAA